AUGGUCUCGUUUGAGGCUCUUUAUGGGAGGAGAUGUAAGUCUUCUAUCAGGUGGUUUGAUGCUUUUGAGGAAAAGCUCUUGGAUGCUCAGAGUAGACAUAAGGAGUAUGCGGAUCGAAAGGUUCGAAAUCUUGAGUUCAUAGUUGGAGAACAAGUCUUGUUGAAGGUCUUACCCAUGAAGAGUGUGAUGAAGUUUGGGAAGAAAGGUAAGCUUAGUCCCAGAUUCAUUAGCCCGUUUAAGAUUCUUAAUCGUAUGGAGGAUGUAGCCUAUAAGUUGGCUUUGCCUCCAGGUUUGUCAGGCGUUCACCCAAAUCUGUCCAAUGAGGAAGAGCCUAUUUCUAUUCUAGAUAGAGAGGUUCGUAAGUUGAGAUCGAAAGAAAUAGCGUCAGUAAAGGUUCAGUGGAAGAACCAUCCUGUUCAGGAAUCUACUUGGGAGACCGAAUCUGAUAUGUGA